CUGAUGUGGAGGAAGGCUAGGGAAGGAGCUCAGGUCCAGCUCACCUGACACUGGGGGUCAGAGGCUACCCCGCAUUCUGUUCUCAAGGUGUGCGAUGCCCGGACAAGAGCAGCCAGCCCCUGGCUCCUCCAGCCCACUGAAUUCUCAUCAUGCACCAGAGGCUGUUCUUCCCACUUCCCAGCUCCGUGAAUCCUCAGAAGCCCUGGGAGCCAUCCGAGUGAUCUGCACAGGUUCCUGCAGGGUCUCUAACAAGGCCAAUGACGGAGCAUGGGUGGCGGAGGAGGGCUACUUCAGUAGCACACUGUCGCUGGCCGACAAGGGGAGCCUGCCUGCGGGAGAGCACAGCUUCCCUUUCCAGUUCCUGCUUCCUGCCACAGCGCCCACAUCCUUUGAGGGCCCUUUUGGGAAGAUCGUGCACCAGGUGCGGGCCAACAUCGACACGCCACGUUUUUCCAAGGAUCACCAGUGCAGCUGUGUGUUCUAUAUCUUGAACCCUCUUAACCUGAACAGCAUCCCAGACAUCGAGCAACCCAAUGUGGCCUCCACCACCAAGAAGUUCUCCUACAAGCUGGUGAAGACGGGCAGUGUGGUCCUAACCGCUAGCACGGAUCUCCGAGGCUACGUUGUGGGGCAGGUGCUGCGGCUGCAGGCUGACAUCAAGAACCAGUCGGGCAAGGACGCCGGCCCUGUGGUGGCCAGUCUGCUGCAGAAAGUGUCCUAUAAGGCCAAGCGCUGGAUCUACGAUGUGCGGACCAUCGCGGAGGUGGAGGGCUCUUCAGUCAAGGCCUGGAGACAGGCGCAAUGGCAGGAGCAGAUCCUGGUGCCCGCCCUGCCCCAGUCGGCCCUGCCCGGCUGCAGCCUCAUCCACGUGGACUACUACCUGCAGGUGCUGGGGGAGGGGCGUGGCAGGUGGGGCGGGCGGGCAGCCUGGAGCCUCACCCACACCGCCCUCCCAGGUUUCUCUGAAGGCGCCAGAAGCCACCGUGACCCUGCCGGUCUUCAUCGGCGACAUCGCUGUGAACCACGCCCCGCUGAGCCCUUGGCCAGGCCCAGGGCUGCCUGCCGGAGCCUCACCCCCAGUGGUGCCCUCCGCGCCGCCGCAGGAAGAGGCGGAGGCCGGCGGCCCCCAUUUCCCGGACCCCAUCUUCCUCUCCACCAAGAGCCACUCUCAGCAGCAGCCACCGCGUGGCGCCUUGGGCUGUGCGCCGGGGGUCCCGGAGCCCCGUCCUCCGGAUGGCAGUCCUGCCCCGCACCCCCUGCCUCCACCCUUGUGCAUCUCCACAGGUGCCACUGUCCCCUACUUUGCAGAAGGGUCCGGAGGGCCGGUGCCCACCACCAGUACCUUGAUCCUCCCCCCAGAGUACAGCUCGUGGGGCUACCCCUAUGAGGCCCCGCCAUCCUAUGAGCAGAGCUGCGGCGGUGCGGACCCCGGUCUGACCCCCGGGAGCUGACCUGUGCUGCCUUCUCCGGGCGGGCCGACCUCUGCCCUGGGAUCGGGCGCCCAGGGCCUCGUGCCUUCACCCCCGGCCCGGCCCGGCCCACUCAGGACUUGCAGUUGCCCGGCCCCCCUGGCUCUCUGCCUCGGGACCAGCCUCCACGGCUGCCCUACAGCCAGUCUCUCUCGGGGGCAGGGCCUCGAGGGAUGCUGUGUAAAUAAAGUGCUUCAUUUGUAGA